AUGCACCUCAUCCCAACCGAUAUCGUCCUUGCCGUCGUCUCUGCGGGCCUUGGAGCUCACCAAGUCUUUAAGCGCUUCGAGCCUGACAAUUUAGCAGCCCAACUUGCCCUGCUCGCGCUCCCUCCGACCCUCUUCUCUGUUGCUCUCAAUUCCCAUGCCCCCCUCCUGGCGGCAAUAACAUACGCCUUCGGCAUCUAUCUAUCUACCCUCGUGCUUUCCGUAGUCGUAUACCGCCUCUCUCCUUUCCAUCCGUUAGCCAGUUAUCCCGGCCCCCUAUACCUCAAGGUCUCUAAGCUCUCCCUGAUAUGGAUCGCCAGCCGGGGCGCCCAGCACAAGUUCAUCAAGCAACUUCAUGAGAGAUAUGGAGACGUAGUCCGGACAGGGCCAAACGAGGUCUCUAUUCGGGACGUGGACGCCCUCCCCUCUGUCAGUACCAUCCCCAAGGAUCCCCGCUAUGGGUUCAACUCCAAGAUGGCGUUCAGCAACAGUCUUUCUCUCAUCGCUGAACGCAACCCCAUCGAGCAUGCUCGCCGGCGCAAACCGUGGAACAGAGCGUUCAAUGCCUCCGCGCUGAAGGGCUACGAAGAGAUCGUCGCAAAACGCGCUAAUGCGCUCGUCCAGGCACUCGCUGCUCAGAAGGGUGAGGUUGACCUUGGCAAGUGGUUUGCGUAUUUCACGUUUGACUUUAUGAGCGACAUGGCGUUCGGUGGCGGAUCCGAGAUGAUUCGGGACGGCAGCUCAGGGAGCAAGUGGCAUGUCCUCGAAGAAGGCAUCGUCUACUUCCAUGCUUUUGGACAGCUCCCCUGGGCGAUUCUGUACCUGCGUCGUAUCCCUGCUAUUGCGCGCACGACUCAGCGUCUGGUCGCCCAAGGCCGAGGCCUUGCCAUUGAGCGCCUCAAGAACGGCUCGCUCAGCCGCGACCUGUUCUACUAUCUCAACAACGAAGACGGGGCAGACGCGGUCACGCCACCCUUCCCGGAGACCGUCUCGAACGGCGUGCUCGCCAUGAUCGCGGGCGCAGACACGACCUCCAUCGCGCUCUCCAACCUCUUCUACUUCGUCCUCGCCGACCGCGCCGUAUACGAGCGCCUGCAAGCGGAGGUCGACCGCUAUUUCCCCCCGGGAGAGGACCCGCUGGACACUAAGCAUCACGCAAGCAUGCCGUUCCUCAACGCCGUCAUCAACGAGACGCUCCGCCUCUACCCCGUCGUUGUCGACGGCAGCCAACGGCGCGUGGCCAAAGGGUCGGGCGGGCGCGCCGCAGGAUCGUACUACCUCCCCGAGGGCACGACGACCUACGUGCACCUCUACUCCCUCCAGCGCGACCCGCGCUACUUCUCCGACCCCGACGCCUUCUACCCCGACCGCUGGCUCCGCGCCCCCGACGCGGACCCGGCCUUCGUGCACGACACGCGCGCGUACGCGCCCUUCUCGUUCGGGCCGAACAACUGCGUCGGGCGCGGGCUCGCGCUGCAGGAGAUGCGCAUGCUCGCGGUGCUGCUCGUGCGGCGCUUCGAGAUGCGCUUUCCGGAUGGAUGGGAUCAUCGUAAGUAUGAGGAGGGGCUGGAGGAUUGGUUUGUGAUCCAGAAGCCGGCGUUAAAGGUGGUGCUUACGCCGAGGGUGGCGUAA